AUGUUGAUUACAGGUAGUCACAAUAACGUUCGCCUGAGCCCUGAAGAGGCUAAUUCAUUUGGGGGCAAAGUUCGCAAAUCGGCAAUUCACCAACGUUUUUCCAGAAACAUUCGCGAAGAAUGUUAUGGUGAGCACUGUACAUUUGAAGAGGUUCGUGAAGCAAUACGCAACAGAGAAAACGCAGUGAGUAAUCAUCAAAUUCCUUCCAUUUCUAGCGAAAGAAUGCAAUUAAUUUAGCCAGAGCAAUAUAUAGAUUGCUCGGCACCUUUUAUGCAUCUUUUGAAGUUUUGAAAAAGCCUUUUGUAUACCGGUAUUGUGAUCGACUUUAACCAUUUCACUGCCAGAGUGCUUGGUGGAGUUUUGUAAGGUGUCUUUAGCUUUUGAAUCUGUGGAUGAAAUCCUAUGAUGUGAAUCUUUGUAAACAUUUCAAACAACUUUAACGCAUAUUUUGAAGCCAUGUGUGGUAUGUUGAAAGUGGCUUAUCUUCAGGGUGACCAAUUUCUUCGACUAGAGUAACUUGUGUAAGUAAAUUAAUUUUUGAGAAAUUUGACUCGGCUUUAGACGUUUACUCCCAAGUCUAGAGUCAUCAUAGCCUAACUUGGCUAAUAUCUCAGAGAAAAUUUGCCCCAAAAUGCUAUUUUUUGGCAAGUAGGCCUCUUGGAUGUUGUUCUUUUAGAAUAUUCUGACAAAUCUCAUAAUUUCACAAAUUGAAUUUUUAUAGCGUCGUCAUUUUAGCCUCGACGUAUCUUCAUCCCAUUUAUAAAGGGAUCACUCUUUUUAACAGCACACUCGGUCUGUAAUGAUAUUCCAGCGGUCCAAGACUUGUGGGAUUCGGGAAACGCCGUUUUAACUGUUACCGAAAUUUGGGCGUGAAUGAGGGAUUGUGAAAACAAUAUUCAAGAUAGCGAUGACAAACGUACGAUCAGGUGCGAGAUUUUUGUGAAAACGUAGCAGGAAUGUGGAAUCAGCAUCACCAUUUCCUGACCCUAAGCGCACGGCCAAAAAGUAACCAGAUGUAGCCUAAAGCACAAAACAUGUAUCCCAAAUAUCAUGCAACAGCUGCUUCAUGCUACAUGCUCCCUAAAAAGAGUUUGCAUUUCUGUGAUUCAUACAUCUACUGAACUUUAAUAAGUUUGUUUGUUUGUUUGAAAAUUGCGACCUUCUCCCUUUGUGAACUUAAACAUCCAACCGAGUCCCAGAUAACUCAGAAAGGUAGACCAGACCACUAGUGUCUACAUUUCCCGAUGUUUUGUACUGAUUUCGCUACAGCAGUAUGGGUUGUUUUUUUCUCUUAUUUAAUUGAUAAUGAACAAGAGGAUUCAAGUCGCCUACACUUAUGCGAGUCCUCAAAAUUCCUUUGCGAUGCAUGCCAACGACUUACCUGACAAUAACAAUAGUCCUAAGAACAGCUCAGAUUGCUAAAAGUCGGUUACGUUUUUCUCAGGUGUUCCCAGUUUCACUCAUUAUCAUCCUCAAAGUUGCUUCAAGGUUCUCAAAAAUCACUAGGAGAUAACGGGCUUGUUGAUCGAGACCAGGGAGUUUGUCUGCCCUUGGUGUCAAUUCCUGCUCUCGUGCAAUGUGCUCGUUUGUAAAGCAAAUUAAAAAAUUUAUAAAUAUAUAUUUUAAUUUCAACAAUUUUCCUUUGGCUCCACAAUCGAAAGAGAUUUCUUCCGACCGCAACCGCGACGUUUGGACGGAUCAACACGUGCAGUCAAGAAGGAAUGAUUCGGGAGCGACUAUGCACAUCUUAAGGGGCUUGAAACAUGGACGGAUGGUUGAUUUCUUCAUGCACUGUUUUUGUUUUAUACAAAAUAGACUGAUAUUCCAUGCUCUAUACAUUUUAGUCUCUAAAACUUCUUUUCAAAACUUUCCUUGAAUUUUUCUGAGAUAUAAAAAGGUUAUUCAGCAGCUAUAAUUUUUUUUAGGAAUAAUACCCUACCCCUACCGGCCCCACUCCACGAAAAGUUACAAUCAUAUAUCUAAAUGUAUGCAAGGAUAAAUGUACAUGCACUGAGACACCAACAAGGAGAAACGGAGGGCAUUUUACACCUCAUGCGCUUAGUUUCGCAUGAGUGAAAAGGAAAUUCGUAGUGAAUUGGCCAGUUACUGGUGGUUAUCCGAAAUGGGACAAUGCCAUUAGUCUUCCAGCCAGGUCAAGGUUUACUUGUGCAAAUACAGAACAAUUAAAUUACUUAACAAUAUAUUAAUGGGGUAACUAUCAUUUGGGGUUUAGUCUCCUUAGUAAAGUGUUUACGAAGACAUGGACGUGGGGAUUCGUUCAGUUAUUGGUCCACAGUUAAGUAGUUACAUUGCGUUGUGUCCCCAUGCUACAACGCUGACAGUUAAAAUUUUUAUUUUGCUUUCAGUGGGAGUACUACAACAAAGUUCGGUGCACAAGAUAUGGCGAUAGCUGCAAAGGUUUGUGCGUCCUCAUAUAAUUCACUUUUACCCUUCCAUCAGAUCUUAACUGCCGUGUAUAUUGCUCUCUGCAGCCAGCUGCAGAGGAUGGCCCCGUGUGAGAUCAGAAUCCGGAUUUUGAUUGCUCGUGGAAUCCGGAAUUCGAGAGUUUUUUUACUUCACAGUAAUAGUAACACUUCACUGAAUCUCCCAAACAGGGUUUUUCAGACCUAACGCGCAUAAACAUGUAAAUAAUAAAUAGGAUAGAUGAGAAAUUGGAUAAAAUCUCGCCUCCAAGUUUUUUCAAGUGUAUACAUGCUAUCUGCAGCAGUGAAUGAAUUCCAGAGUUUGAUUGCUCUUUAAAGAAAAGUUCGUAAAUCUGCGACAGAUCGAUCUGAGGCCUGGAUUGGCCUUUUUAGAUUGUUUUCCCAUUUCAGACCACGUAAUGGUACCCCAGAGAACUGUUUCAAUCAAAUCUUGUCAUAUCCACGUGCACGCUUUUUAUACACAUAAAAGCCAUAUAGAUAUGUGCCGCACCAAAGGGUACGGGUUUUUGCACUGUUUUGGUCUAAAAACGGGUAUAGACUUUGCCCAGUUUAGCCUGGAAUCGGGCAAGGUUUUCAUAGGAACUACGGAAGUGUAUGAAAUCCGUUUUGUUGGCGUUCUAAUCCAAGUAAUGGUGACAUGAUUUGUGAAAAAUUACUUUUUUUGGUCUGAAAUAGGGUCAGGGUAGCGGCACACCCCCACUAAAAAUUCCCUGGAGUAAUUCCCCCAACUGGGAACUGGUACCCCGUUUGUUUACCUUCUACUGACACCUUUCACAUACCUAAUUUAGAACACACAGCAUCACCUUUUAAUUUUGUGGGUGUGGACGUUACCGCUGACUACUCGUUCCCAGACUUCCGUUCCCUGCUCCUCGUUCUCCGUUCCUCGUUUUAGUAACAUCCGGAGACUUACAGAAGUGCGUGAGAUAAGGCCGAACAGCCUAGUCCAUAGGCGUUCUCGGCUCGUUCGAUCCUGGACUCUGCCGUAAGCUGUGACGUCGCCGAGAGAGGCUAGGGCGUUGAAACGAGCGGGGUCGAGCGAUCUAGCUUUGAUGCUAUGGUAUGGGUACUAUCAAAGAGACAAAACAAGAUGGCGGACAUUAUACUGGACCGUCAGAGAGAUUAUCCAGCGAACGUUAGCCAUUAUCCCGUGGCAUUCAUUCGCUGCAAGCAAUAACGAAGGAACAAAUUAUUUUUUCUCACGUUCGCUUUCUGUUUUGUUUAAUUUUCUUCCCCCGCGAACAAAUAUCUUUAUUUAGUAUAUACUAAAACAGUGGAUAGUGUUUUUCGCGCGCUCUGAUUGGCUACUCAUUCAGUGAAUAUCCUGCACUAUUCACUGAUUCACCUCCAGUUCCUCCGAGCGAGCAACGCCAAACUCGCGUAAGUUGCGAGCAAAAUGCCUUCUCGGUUUGCUGCCGUAAACAAACAAAGAAAUUUCACAACUAAUCAAGCAAGCUGUUUCCGAAAUACACGAAGAAGGUGACGAAGUUCGGAUUGGAAGUUUUAACAGGUAAAGCUUUGUCUUUUUGACACGAAUUUAUCGAUAAAACCGGUGAAAAAGUUUUUGUUUAGAAAUGCAAAUUAAGUUUAAGUCUUGCUUACUUUAUUUAGUUGACUUGUUCAUAAAUAAGCUUAAAACUAAAUUUAAUAAUCUUUUUUUAUAGAAUGAUUUUAAAUACAAAAAGAAUUCACAACUCCUUUGGAAAAAAAUUUCCCCACAAGAGCUAAACAAAUGCCUUCAAAAGUUUUAAUUGUCGGCAAGAAAAAGCGACGGCCGCAGCCGCCCGGUCAUUACGCGCCAAAAUUGUAAUCGUUGGCAACAGUAUUUGAGUUAAAAAUCGUCAUUUUUGUGCUCAAUUAUCUCACUGUUUUAGUAUAUACUAAAACAAUUAUUCACCUCAGUGUCGGUGGCUAGUCGUGGAUAUUUACCUCACUGCUUCGUAGUUCGGCAAAUAUCCAGGACUAGCCACCUCCACUUCGGUGAAUAAUUGUUAUAUAUUGACAGGAGCCUAUCAAAUGGAGCCUCCAUCUCCCAUACAAGCCCUUGGAGUCAACCCUUUCCCGAGUAGAUUUAUAAUUAGAACGGUUCCCAGGGGAGACUUCACGCGCCGACAGUGGGAAGAGCCAAUCACAACGACGAAAUGACAGUGCUAUUGUACUCCAUCAAACAGCAGGAAAUUCGGCUUUGACAGGCCAAACACAAUCACAAGCUAGUGAAACGUGACUUUCGCGUUUUCAUCCCUCAGAGAUUUUCUUUCUUUUCUUUCUAGUGGGUAGAUUAUACUGUGGAGAGUUUUACACUCUGACUAUGUAAAUCUUAAUUUUGGUUGCUUGUCUCACAUUAAGAGGCCAUGAAGCUGGUCUGUUACAUGCAUAAUGAUUAACUACUACCUGCAAUGGAUUCGUUUUCUUUAGCCAAUUUUUUUUAGCGUUAAGGUUCUUAUUUCCGCUAAAUGACUCAAUAUUAAUCAAAUUUCUAGUUUUUCAAGGCUUUUUUUCCGAAAUGCGUUUAUCUAAAUAAAUACUUGUAGUCCUUGUGGUUGUUUUGUCUGCCAGCUA